AUGUCGAGCGAAAGUCCAACACCGGCAGACUAUUCCACACUGAUCGGCGAGGAUGGCAAGAACAAAACGAACGUAAAGUGUCUUCAUUGUGGAUCGUUGAUUCUAAAACCGGCCAACAGUGAUUUCGACAGUACAGAGUUCAACCUUCCAAUGGCAAAGCAAAAACGCCAAACAGCGGUGGAGAAGGAGGAAGGGUAUGCGGCUGAAACGUUGAAGGACUUUUGGAUGGUGAAGGAUAUGUACACGUUCGAAAACAUUGGCUUUAGCAAUACGGUUGACAAUCGUAAAUAUUUAACCUGUGCGGAUUGUGAAGUUGGUCCGAUUGGGUAUCACGAUUUGGAAACGAAAAAAUCCUACAUUGCUCUCGCACGCGUUCUGCACGUGUGAGGUGU